AUCCCGGGUCCUUCAGGCAGACCGUAUAGCUGUGGAGACGAGAGCUGUCACUUUGUUGCGGAUUCAUUCAUUGUUCCCGGUUUCUCCUAAAGCGGAUUUCAGGAUUUUCUUCCAUCAUGUUCGAGGAGGCGAGCGAGGUGUUUGAUAACAUGCUGAAAUCGUCCUUUCCGCUGACGAUUAUCGUGUUUUUGCCCGCAGUGUUGAUCCUGGUGUCUCCGCUCCCAGCUGAAGCGGCGCAUGAAUUCACAGUGUACCGCAUGCAGCAGUAUGACCUACAGGGACAGAACUACGGUUCGAGGAAUGCGAUUUUGAACACUGAAGCGCGUACGGUGGAGGCGGAGGUGCUAAGCCGUCGCUGUGUGAUGAUGCGACUGGCUGAUUUCUCCUACGAGAAAUACCAGAAGGCUCUCCGGCAGUCUGCGGGGGCCGUUGUUAUCAUCCUCCCCAAAAACAUGUCCACGAUGCCCCAGGACAUCGUGCAACAGUUCAUGGAGCUGGAGCCGGAGCUGAUGGCCACAGAGACCAUUGUUCCUGUUUACUUUGCUCUGGAGGACGAUGAGCUGUUGUCUAUUUACACCCAGACGCAGGUGUCCUCUGCCUCACAGGGCUCCUCCUCUGCAGCUGAAGUGCUGCUGCACUCUGCCACUGCAAAUGGAUUCCAGAUGGUGACAAGUGGAGCUCAGAGUAAAGCUGUGAGUGACUGGGCCAUCACCAGCCUUGAGGGUAAAUUAGCAGGAGCAGGAGGAGAAGAUCUGCCUACCAUCGUGCUUGUGGCUCACUAUGAUUCUUUUGGCGUGGCUCCGUGGUUGUCAUACGGCGCAGACUCCAACGGCAGUGGUGUAGCUGUGCUACUAGAGCUGGCGCGACUCUUCUCUAGACUCUACUCUCACAAACGGACUCAUGCCGGGUAUAACCUGCUGUUUUUCCUGUCUGGAGGGGGGAAGUUUAACUAUCAGGGCACUAAACGGUGGCUAGAGGAUAAUUUGGACCACACAGAGUCCAGUCUCCUGCAGGAUAACGUGGCAUUCGUGUUGUGUUUGGACACACUGGGUAAUGGGGACAAUCUUUACCUGCAUGUGUCUAAACCUCCUAAAGAAGGCACACCUCAGCACGCUCUGCUCCGAGAACUGCAAACGGUUGUAUCUCAGCAGUACCCAGAGCUGAAGUUCUCCAUGGUUCAUAAGAAAAUCAACCUAGCCGACGACACCCUGGCGUGGGAACACGAGCGCUUCGGGAUCCGUAGACUUCCAGCCUUCACGCUCUCGCACCUGGAGAGCCACCGCGGCUCCUCUCGGAACUCCAUCAUGGACAUAAGGAGUCAUGUGGACCUGAAGAAGCUCAGUAGGAACACUAAACUGAUUGCAGAGGCUCUAGCACGAGUCAUCUACAACCUGACUGAGAAGGGCACUAAUGGAGGUCUGGAGAUCUUCACAGAACAGAUGCAGGUGCAGGAGGAUCAGCUGCUCUCUCUGGUCGACUGGUUAAGCGCUCAGCCACGAGCCGCCCAGCUGGUGGAUAAAGACAGCAGUGUGGUCAGCACCCUGGAGUAUUACCUCGGCCGCUACCUCAAAGACGUCAAAAGGCAUUUCAUCAAAGCAGACAAGAGGGAUCCUGAGUUUGUCUUUUAUGAUCAGCUGAAACAGACGAUGAAUGCAUACAGAGUAAAACCAGCCAUCUUUGACCUCCUGCUGGCGCUGUGCAUUGCUGCAUAUCUCGGGAUCGUGUACUUGGCUGUCCAGCAUUUUGGUGUUUUGUACAGCAUCCUUCGCCGGGUCACAGCAUCACGAGUCAAGCAGCAUUAACACCGCUCUCUUCUUCCCUGCAAUAUGAGGGACUCCUGCAGUCCCACAAUGGAGCCAAGCGUGUGAUCAUUUAUUUUUUCUCUCUCUCUCUGACAUCUCUUUUCUUCUCUUCUGUUCUCUUUUUUUUUUUGGAAAAUGGAACAUCAUGUCUAAAGUGUUUUGAAUUUGCCUGCUUGUCCUCCUCCAUUCAGGGACAGCUUUUUCUUUCUUUGUUUUUUUUUUUAGUCUUCCUUUCUGUCUAACACUGCCUCACUCCCCCUCUGCCUCAGUCUGAAGCUAGUGAGAUCUCUGCCAAGCAACAGUGAGUCGUCUUCUCAGGCAGCUAAAGUUAAAAUGGGCCAAAUCGCAGUUUAAGCUAGACAGAGAAAGCUGGUCAGUUUGGACAAUGUGACUCAUUUCAAUCCAGAGUUUCUUUAGCAUUAGUUAGUACAGAUUGCUAGACAUCAUCAUCAUCCAUCCUGAUUUUGCAGAGUGAUCAGCUCCACCCUUAUUGAGCAAGGAACACCUAGAUUAAAUCUGAUAACCAAGUCUGCUUGUUUUCCUUUUAUGUGAUUGUGUUGCUUUUUCACUACCAUGGUUUUGUUUAUACAUUUAUUCCACAUGCACAUUCUACAUGUUUAGAACAUAACAUUUGUACACCCUUUACAACAAAAAUGCAAAGCUGUCACGAAUUGUUAAGUAAAAAAUGUGGGUUUUUUCCCCCCCUUACACUAGUAGACAGUUGUACUUACAACACUAAUAUAGCAUAAAGUAUUUUACCCCAUUUUUUUUCAGUCAGAAAAACAACUAGAUGUUCUCUAGCGACUUUGAGAUUGAAUCUCAAGACCCGCCCUGCCCGAGAGGUCAGCUUUUGCAAAUGGCUGGUUAGAUUUAAUCUAGGCUCUUCCCUUGUUAACUCAGGGAAACUGUCUCUCAGCAAAAUCAUCUAGUCAUCCUGUAGAGUAAAAAUAGAAUAUGAAGUUGUGUUAUUAAAGAACCUGAGUAUUAAUUUCCUUAUUAAUAACUUGAUCCCUUUAGCUUUCCAUCAAGUUUCUUACAUCCACCUCUUCAGAUAGCCAUAACAGUCUGCUGAACGACACAAACACGAAAUAUACCUCGUCCUUCCUUUCCGUUGUUCUACUCCUCACCGGAGCUGGAAUCACUCUUUCAUAUCUUUCAGCGAGAGCGGGACACUAUUUUCCCCUGCUUCAGGUCUUUCUGCUGUUAUUUAUGGAAGCGGAUGAAGCUUCACCUUGCACUGAUUUUACACGGUUUCCUUUGUUUUGCUGAGAUCUAAAGGUUUUGUUGGCUGUGUGAACCUGUGUACAAAAACUUUUGAUUCUUGCAGCAAAAUCAAAAUAAAGAUUGAAGACAGGUCGAGGAAUAAAGUGAUUUGUUGAAAUACA